AUGGCCCGUCAAAGAGGAGGAGGCCGUGCCCCUUCAAGACCUACCGCUUCCAGACCUGCGGCUCCUAAGCAGCAAACACGGCCUGCAACAUCCGCAGCUUAUCCUCCUGCGACUACUCAAAAAGCCGGUCCUCCUGCUGCGGCGCCUCCAGCACAGCAGGGCUCCGCAGGGCCAGGUCUCAUGGGCCAGAUGGCUAGCACAGCUGCAGGUGUUGCCAUAGGAUCAUCAAUAGGCCACGCAAUCGGCGGUUUCUUCGGCGGCGGAUCAAGCCAACCAGCAGAGCAACAACAGGAUAACGGCGUCGUUGCCUCCCAGAACCAGCAAGACCAGAACAGCUGGGGGCCAAGAAGCUGCGAGGUUGAUGCGAAACAGUUCACCAAGUGCCUGGACGAGAACCAGGGCAAUAUGCAGACUUGCAGUUGGUACUUAGAGCAGCUGAAAGCAUGCCAAAGUGCCGCCAGCCAAUACUAA